GUUUUGAGGCUCAUACUCGAAAUGCUGUACUGUCAGAUCACUAGGUUUUAAACCGUAACUCACUUUUGUUUUUUUGUUUUGAGCACACCCAAACAUGCUGUCUACAUAGACAGCUGGCUAUGAUUUGAGACGGCGCCGCUGUUUAUAGGGUCAUCGUGUGUUGUUCACGCUGGGAUCCACUCCAUCCACAUCCUGCGCACAGCGAUCCUUCCUCUCUCUCUCUCUCUCUCUCUCUCUCUCUCUCUCUCUCCUUCAUCAUCAUCGAUACAGAUGACUAAACAGCCGCCUCUGUUUGUCUGCUGUUGCAGUAUCGUGCAUGCGGCGUCAGAACUAGAUUUUUAGCAACCGAUCGUGCACUGUAACCUCCCAGUGAACGGGUUUACGAGGACAUCGGAAGGACGCUCUUAACGUUAUAUUCCUAAUGUUUGGAGUGGAUUUGGUUGCUUCUGAAUCGCAUUAACGGAGUUGCAAGCUUUAAGACGCCCGCAGACAAAGCGACAUUUCUGGGCAUGAUGUCCACAUGCCUCUGUGUCCUGGAGCGCAUCCUGUUGUGUCGAGGAUAGACAUCUGCAAUGAAGGAGCUAUCCAAACAAACAUGUGAACCAAACACGCGGAUCUUAUUUCCUUCCCAUCGUUUCGGAUGCACAUAUUAGCGUUUUUAACGCAAUGCAUUUAAAACAUUGAAGAUUUCAAUGAAAACAUGGAGAUAAGAAAAUGGUUCCUUGGUUACAGGUCCACGCUUUUCUUUGACUGGGUUGUGUAAUGCUUCCUCCAUCAGAUCAGAGAUGUUUCUUAGAGAUCCAGCUGUCUCGUUAGUUCCUUAAGGACGUUUGAAUUCUGAUUCACUUGUGUUGCUUUAAAGUUGUGUUUUAUUGCUGGUGGGUAGAUGACGGGCAACAUGCAUCUUGGAGUCGAGGAGCCCAUCCGAGAGUGCCAGUACAAUCAGAUCUGCACACACAACUCCUCACCCAUGGACACUCCACACACCAAGAAGAAGAAGAUCAAAAGGAAAUGGCAGGUUUUUCCUGGCCGAAAUAAGUUUUACUGCAACGGCAGGAUAAUGAUGGCAAAGCAGACCGGGGUCUUCUAUCUUACAACGGUUCUCAUUUUGGUGACCAGUGGCCUCUUCUUUGCUUUUGACUGCCCAUUCCUGGCAUCAAACCUGACCCCUGCCAUUCCGGCCAUCGGAGGAGUGCUGUUCGUCUUUGUGAUGGGAAUGCUGCUCCGGGCGAGCUUCAGCGACCCGGGCGUCCUGCCCAGGGCCACACCAGAGGAAGCAGCCGACAUUGAGAGGCAGAUAGAUGCAGCCAACGGCCCGAGUGGCCCAGGCUACAGGCCACCUCCCCGAACCAGAGAGGUGGUCAUUAACGGUCAAGCAGUCAAACUAAAAUACUGUUUCACCUGCAAGAUCUUCCGACCGCCGCGGACCUCACACUGCAGCCUGUGUGACAACUGCGUGGAGAGAUUUGAUCAUCAUUGCCCGUGGGUGGGCAACUGCGUGGGGAGAAGGAACUAUCGCUUCUUCUACCUCUUCAUCCUCUCACUCUCCUUCCUCACCAUCUUCAUCUUCGCCUUCGUCAUCACGCACGUAAUACUGAGAUCCAACAGGACUGGCUUUCUUAGUGCUCUCAAAGACAGCCCUGCUAGUGUUCUGGAAGUGGUGGUGUGCUUUUUCUCCGUCUGGUCCAUCGUGGGACUGUCAGGAUUCCAUACCUACCUGAUCAGCUCCAAUCAGACCACCAAUGAAGACAUCAAAGGUUCAUGGUCAUCCAAACGAGGCAAAGGCAACUACAACCCCUACAGCUACGGAAACUUCAUCACCAACUGCUGCGCUGCGCUGUGUGGACCUCUGCCACCGAGUUUGAUUGACAGAAGAGGUUUUAUCCAACCAGACACUCCGCAGCCUGCAGCCCAGACAAACGGCACCGGCGCCUGCCCCUCCAAUCAAGUCCAGAGUCACAUGUGUGCUCAAGACCAGUGCAUUCAGAGCACCAAAUUCGUUUUGCAGGCCGCCACCAACCCGCUGCUUCACAGUCAGCCCAUCAUUCUGGGCGGAGGCGCGCCUCUCCAGGCCAAGACCUCUCUGGGUGGGCCGUGCUCCACUCUGGGCCCCUCUCAGGCCUCGCUGCCCUCCUCUAUCCCAGGCCUCAGCUGUGGAGGAGAGCUGAUGGCCCUGCGAGACUCUGAGAUCCACUGUCACCAUCACCCACACCAUCAACAUUUCAUCAGUCCGGAGGAGACGCCCUCCCCGACCGCAGCCCUGCCCUGCGCCACCCACCUGGGUCACAACGUUCACCCGGCGCAGCUCUUCGACCCCGCCAGCCAGGACUCACUCCAUGAAGACUCUGUGCGGGGUUUGGUGAAGCUGAGUUCAGUGUGAGCUGUUUUUAAUGCGGUCCUGCUGAACUAGACCACAAGCCAUACGGUACUUUACACACACAUAACAGCCUCUGCUGGACGUUUCUGAUAUGUAAUGGAGGUAGCUGCCCCGAACAAUUUCUGAAGUGAGGACCAAAGCUAGUCUUCCAGCUCUGUUAUUACCCAAGCUAUAUAUUUUUUUUCUUUUAUUGUAGCUUAUUUCCACUACCGAAUAAAGAUAUUUAAAAAAGGUAACUGCGACCCUUUCUCUGACUUUUUUCUUGCAACUGUGACUUUGUAUCUCACAAUUUGGACUUUUUUCUCAGAAUUGUGAGUUUUCUUUGCAAUUGCGAGAAUAGAUCUCACAAUUCUGACUUUUUUUCCCUCAGAAUUCUGCAUGUGCAUGUGGUCAGGUCAGGUGUCUAAAAAUGUGAGAAAAAAAAACUGUAAAGAUGUAAACUCAGAAUUCUGAGAAAAAAAAGUCAAAAUUGUGAGAUACAAACUAGCAACUUUGAGAAAUUUAGAAUUGUGAAAUACUAAAUCGGAAUUCUGAGGAACAAAACUUAGAAUUGUGAGAUUUAAACUUGUAAUUCUAUGUAAACUCACAAUUGCAAGUUUAUAACGAACAAUUCUAAGAAAAAAGAAUUAUGAGAUAAUCUCGCAAUUCUAAAAAAAGUCAGAAUUGUCAUAUAAACUCACAAUUGCACAUUUAUAACAAUUCUAAGAAUAAAGUCAUAAUUGUGGGGAAAAUAAAGUGCAAUUCUGAGAAACUCAGAAAAAAAUCAGAAUUGUGAGAUGUACAAUCAGAAUUCUGAGGAAAAAACUGAGAAUUGUGUGAUUUUUAAACUUGCAAUUCUAGAAAAAAAUCUAAAAUUGUGAGAUUUAAACUCACAAUUGCAAA